AUGUCUCAUUGCAAGAAAAGACAUCCGUUGGCCGAUAAAAGAAAGCAUGUUUGCAUUGACGGCAAAUAUGGGGUAAGAUUUAACUUUACAGCGCACAUAGAUUAAAUGUAUUAAACCUAAUAAUUUGCUAUUCUUGACAUUCAGGCUGCCUGUACGGGCGACAGCGGAGGAGGACUGCACUGUUUAACAGGAGAUGGCAAGUGGGUUGUCUACGGCGUAGCUUCCUACACCGGCAAAAACUGCUCUGGGGAAUUCACAGUUUUCGCUCUGACUCCACCCGUGCUCGACUGGAUCAAACAGAAUGUCAUCGCGCACAAUUAA